GCGGAACCUCCUCUUCUCUGCCUGUGUUCCAGUCAGGAUGAAGUAGUUUCCGGGCGUCAGGUUGCCAGCAGUAAACAUGGCGGAGGAGCUGCUGGAAGCAGUGGACAGGCUUCAGUCUCGGCUCCACGAGAACCCGGAGCCUCGGAAGCUACUGAAGACGCUCAAAAGACUUGGGGAGCUUCCUAUGACUGUGGAUAUACUAGUGCAAACUGGUGUGGGCAAGACGGUGAACUCUUUCAGGAAACAUGACGUAGCUGGAGAGGUGGCAAAAAACCUUGUAGCCAAAUGGAAGAAAUUGGUUCCCCAGGCUGCAGACAGACCCAGCAGCCAUGAUAGAGAGGCGUCUCGGUCACACUCAUACCCUCGAGGUCCAUUAGCGAGCAGUGGAGAAGGCCACAGACGCCCCCGGGAGCCCUCACCUGAGGAUGAGCCCUCCUACAUGGAAGAGGAGGAAGAGGAGAGGGGCUACCCCACCAACUACUCACCCUCACCUCCUCAACAAGAGCAAUACAGUCCUCCACUGCGAGGAGGCUAUGUGUCAGAUGAGUACGAGAGCCCUGAACCUGAACCUGAACCUGAGCCUGAGCCUGAGCCUGAACCAAGUCCUCAACCAAGUCCUCCACCUCCUCCUCGCAAAGAAAUCCGCCAAGCCAAACCUCACAGAGAACCCAGCAAGAACCACCACCAUGGUGACCGGAACAGGGACAGAGACGAGGAACGACGGCAACGUCACGCUCAGACAAGUAGUGAUCGAGGAGGAGGAGGUGGUGAAGGAAAGAAACGUGGUACAGACAGAGAGAGACAGCAAAGUCCGGUACAGAAGCCUGGGAAACACAGCAAGAAGUCCAGCACACACGAGAGCAAGAGGGAAGAGAAGAAGAGAGGAGGAGAUGAGGUGCGUUCACGAGCACCAAAGUACUCUCUGCCCAAAGAAGAGGAAGAGUACUUUGAGACUCCAACCAUGUCCUUUGAGUCCUUCCUCACAUACGACGCCCCGAUAUCUGCCAAGAAGAAGAAGAAACCACCACCACCACCAUCAUCGUCGCACAGUCGGCCGCCUCACUCGUCGUCCUCCACUGUGUCUUCCCAUCACACACGCAGCCCUCCACCCUCUGUGAUCCCAUCCUCCUCUUCCUCAUCCUCCUCUAAAGUGAGCAAAGCGAACGGCGCUCAGAGUAACAAGAGGACACAUUCAAGCUCUGGUUCAUCAGCUGCUGCACCGACACCGGAAAAACGGAAGAGGGUGGUGGAAGUCGUUCCGUCUCUGCCUGACAUUCCUCUGCCAGCAAUUCAACCCAACUACAGACCGCUGCCCUCCAUCGACGUCACACCGCUGUCACCGCAGAGGCGUAAAGUUCCUGUCCACAACGACGAGGAGGACGCUGGGUUCACGGGGAAACGGUUCAACUCCAAAAUGGUGGUCUACUCCGGUUCGAAGACUGCUUACCUGCCCAAGAUGAUGACUCUGUACGAGCAGUGCAUCCGCGUGCUGCAGAACAACAUUGAUUCCAUCGCUGAGGUGGGAGGUGUACCAUUCGACAUCCUAGAACCGGUUCUGGAGCGAUGCACGCCAGAGCAGCUAUACCGCAUCGAGCAGAGCAACCAGUGUUUUACGGAAGACUCGGAUGACCUUUGGAUGCGUCACUGUCAGCGAGACUUCAAGCGUGAGUCUCCUCAGGAAUUUGAGUCGUGGAGGGAACUGUAUCUGAGGCUGCACGAUGAGCGCGAGGAGCGACUGAAGAUGCUAACGCAGAACAUCUCCUCCGCACACGCCAACAAACCCAAAGGGCGGCAGGUAAAGAUGGCAUAUGUAAAUUCUGCCGCUAAGCCGCCUCGUGACGUUCGCCGCCGACAGGAGAAGUUUGGUACUUCCAGUGGUUUGUCAACAGCCGCCUCCGCUGCAGCUCCCAUCAAAAUAAGACCAGUUACUACGGACUUUUCUGGUGAGUCCAGUCACUCGUCUUUGUCCCAACAUCACCCUCCCAGCUCGUCCCGCUCUUCUGCACCAGGAGGAGGAGGACACGUCGCUCGAGAAAAGCCACAGGUCAAAAGAAUCGCCCCCAUGAUGGCCAAAACUAUCAAAGCAUUCAAGAACCGAUUCUCCCGCCGAUAGUGAAACAGAGACUGAAUGUAUUUUAUGAAUUCCAUCUGUGUUUUUAAUUUAAGUUUAGAAACAUUUAACUGGAGACUCCUUCAUCCCUACACACACACACACACACACACUCUCCCACCAAACAUAACACACAUGAACUUUACAGUAUUGGUGGAAAGUUAUUAUUUUUAUUUUUUUUUUUAUUUGAAGCAUUGGCGUCUGUUUGUGGGGCUCUUUGAAUAAGUAUUUAAAU